UGUGAUUACUCUGCAUGAACACACACACACACACACACACACACACACACACACACACACACACAAACACACACAAACACACAUAGAGGGUUACAAGAAGACACAGAAAGCGGACUAAACUCCACCCAUAUGCCCAUAUGCCGCGUAACUGUCGACCUUUCGCAGGUGUCACAUUCAGUUUCUCCUCAGACGCAAAAGGGUGAUUCCCACACACUCACACUUUGACACACACACACACGCACACGCACACGCACACACACACACUCACACUCACACUCACACUCACACAGAGUCCUGGCUCUCCGUCUGUCAUUUCCUGGAUCCAGCGUGCCCAAGCUGCUGUGGAAACUUUUAAGCAGUGUGUUGUUGAAAGGAAGGAGGGAGGAACGAGUGGGGGAGCUCCGGGAGAUCAACAGUCGCUCUGCUGCACUCGAACUUGGAUCAGUCCGCCUCUGAGCUCCGGGAUGUCGGCCGUGAAGGCUCUGCAGCAGUGGUGCCGGCUCCGCUGCGACGGAUACCGGGAUGUGACCAUCACCAACAUGACCACCUCCUUCAGGAGCGGCAUGGCUUUCUGUGCCCUGAUACACAAACACAGACCCGAUCUCAUAGACUUUGAUUCACUGAAUAAGGAGGAUGUUUAUGAAAACAACAAACUGGCCUUCAGGGUCGCGGAGGAGUUGGGAAUUCCAGCGCUGUUGGAUGCAGACGACAUGGUGGCACUUAAAGUUCCUGACCGUCUCAGUAUCCUCACAUACGUGUCGCAGUACUACAACUUCUUCCAUGGACGCUCCCCGAUCGGGGGUUUGGCAGGUAUAAAGCGCCCGGCGGACGGCCCCUCAGACGGCACCUCAGGCGAACCGUCUGGGAAGAAGAACCAGCCGGUGGUGGCGAAGGUGUUUCCAUCUUCAAAACCGGCCAGAGAGAACAGCCCUCCGCCCUCCGUCAACAUCACACGGCCCUCUUCCUCCCCGAGACAGACCAGAAGUACCACAAAGGAUGUUGUGGUGGAGAAACGUCAUCAGACAAGCACCUUAAGCAACAAGUGUGGGUCCUGCAACGAGCAUGUUCACCUGGUGCAGCGACACCUAGUGGACGGGAAGCUCUAUCACAGGCACUGUGCAAAGGCAAUGUCGCCUUCAAACCCCACUGCACCUUUCAGAGGUUUAGCCACAAACACUCCUGUUUCCAGAUUCACGGCUUUAUUAGAACCAGCCCAAACCAAACCAACGCCUCCAAACCAUCAAACUCCUUCAACUCCUCCAUCUUACCAAGCUCACAAAACUCCUUUAACUCCUCCAUCUUACCGAGGUCACAAAACUCCUUCAAGUCCUCCAUCUCAAACCCGUGCAACACCUCCAACUCCUUCAACUCCUCCAUCUUACCGAUCUCAUAAAACAAAUCCAACUCAAACUCCUGCAACUCCUCCAUCUUACCGAGCUCACAAAACUCCUUCAAGUCCUCCAUCUUACCGAGCUCACAAAACUCCUUCAAGUCCUCCAUCUUACCGAGGUCACAAAACUCCUUCAACUCCUCCAUCUCAAACCCGUGCAACACCUCCAACUCCUUCAACUCCUCCAUCUUACCGAGGUCACAAAACUCCUUCAACUCCUCCAUCUUACCGAGCUCACAAAACUCCUUCAACUCCUCCAUCUCAAACCCGUGCAACACCUCCAACUCCUUCAACUCCUCCAUCUUACCGAACUCAUACAACUAAUCCAACUCCUCCGACUAAUACUCCCUCCAGAUUGUAAGAUGG